ACAUAAGGUAUGCGUUACAGUAUUCAUAGGUUGUGCUAUUUAAUGAUUCGAAUAUUUACCUGACUAACUUUCGCUGACAGUCCAGUAUUCUUGCUAUUAGCGUGUCGUGUUCAAAUAAAAGUAUUUACAGGGAAUGAACUCGAAUAACCGCAAUAAUCGAGGGAGUACGCGAGAAAAGCUUUACUGAAUUCCUCCCCAACUUUUUCUAUCUGGCCAAUCAGGAAGACCCAAGUGGUGCCAUUGCCCAACACUUCUACGCACGCAAAAAGCCAAGUACAGGAUAUCAGUAUCUCAACUAAAGGAGUGAAAUAUGCCUAGCGAUUUCUCCUUUGUACCACCUCCUGAGGCUCCUGUGUUUUAUCCAACGCCUGAAGAAUUUGAAGACCCACUUGGCUACUUGAUGAAAAUCCGACCAAUAUGUAUAAAAACUGGGAUAUGCAAAAUCGUCCCUCCCAAGUGUUGGAAUCCUCCGUUCGCUGUCAAUAUGAAGGAGUUUUCAUUCACACCACGCAUCCAGCGGUUGUACGAGCUAGAAGUAACUUCCAUUUCUUUUUACAUCAAACUCCAGGCUCAUUCUCGUAUCAAGUUGAAUUUUAUCAGCCGUCUCUACAAGUUUGUCCAGCUACAGGGAGGCGACAAAAUCCGAGUACCUAGUAUUAGUGGACGCUACUUAGAUCUAUAUGCUCUUCACAAACGUGUCGCAGAAGCUGGCGGAUACCGUCAAGCCUGCGAUAACCAAUUAUGGUCUGAUAUUGCUGAAAAGUUAGGUUAUCAAAGCCGUCAUGCACAUACAAUUAAAACCAACUAUGAAAAACUGCUACUAUCAUUCGACCAAGUUAUAUCAUAUCCGUCUCGGCCCACCAAGACCACUUAUCACCCUAGAAGUCGUUGGAGUGGUUAUAAACGUGGCAGAAAAUCAAUUGGGGAAGAGAAGAUAGAUUACUCGGCUAGUAACGAGUUAAAAAACCUGCAGUUUUUUGGUCCUGGACGAAAAGCUGUUGUUCCUGAAGAUGGACGACCAAGCAAUUUCAAACCAGAAGUCAACAUUGAUGAAUAUAAUUGUCGAGUUUGUGGUCAUGGAGAUGAUGAAACCAAUCUACUUGUCUGUGAUACAGAUAGCUGUCAAGCUUGCUAUCACUUGUAUUGUCUUGACCCACCUCUUCGUUCCAUCCCAAAGUGCCAGUGGAAAUGCCCUGAAUGUGUCAGAGCUAUCUGUUGUAAUCCGAUGGAUGUAUAUGGAUUCCCUCAAUCGAGCAAGACUUAUUCUCUUCAAGAGUUUGGUGUAAUGGCAGAUCAAUUCAAAUCUACUUAUUUCAAACGUCCAUGCACUGAUGUGCCAUGCGGUGAAGUAGAACGUGAAUUCUGGCGUAUCUUACAGGAGUAUAAUGAUGAUGUCGUUGUUGAAUACGGCGCUGAUAUUCACUCAAGUUCUCAGGGGUCGGGGUUUCCAACAAAAUCAAUGCUAAAGAACUUAGUGGGCACUGCUUCCCAACUAGCAGAAGCAAAGAAGUACGCUGAUAGCCCUUGGAACUUAAAUAUAUUACCGUUGUUAGAUCGAUCAGUCUUGAGGUUCAUUAAAGGAAACAUAGAUGGUAUGAAAAUCCCUUGGUGCUAUGUUGGUAUGGUUUUUUCUAGCUUUUGUUGGCAUAUUGAAGAUCAUUGGAGCUACUCCAUCAAUUUUAAUCAUUGGGGUGAGCCGAAAACUUGGUAUGGUGUAUCCCGUUUGCACGCAGAUGAUUUUGAACGCGCUAUGAAAAAACACGCUACAGAACUUUUCGAUCAAGCCCCAGAUUUACUGCAUCACAUUACAACUAAUGUAAAUCCGAAUAUUUUACAAGCAGAAGGUGUACCAAUAUAUCGGACUGAUCAACACUGUGGAGAGUUUGUCGUGACAUUUCCGCGCGCUUAUCAUGCUGGAUUCAAUCAAGGCUUCAAUUUUGCUGAGGCUGUUAAUAUAUGUCUACCUGAUUGGCUUCCUAUUGGCCGUGCUUGUAUUGAACAUUAUGCUGAAAUUAAAAGACAUUGUGUGUUUUCAAACGAUGAACUAUUAUGUACAUUGGCUGAAGUAGCUGUGGGCAAUGUUCUUCCAGAAGAAAUACUCACUUUAACAAAUCCUGUUACUAGCUGUACUUCAAAUGGUGAAUGCUCAGACAAUCCUGAACCUCAUAUCAGUGAAAAACUACCUCCUGGUUGUUCAACUUCAGGUCUCGACAUAGGUGCUGUAGCUAUUGUGCAUCAAGAGUUUACUUGUGUGCUCAAAGAAGAACGACGGUUACGAGAAUUAAUCAUCCAAAAUGGUGUGUCUAACUCGAGAAAAGUUAGAUUCGACGAAAUGUCAGAUGAUGCACGUGUCUGUGAUUUCUGUUUGACUACUCUUUUUUUAUCUGGAGUUAGUUGUUCAUGUAUUUAUGAAUCGAACACCAGUAUUCAAAGAUUAGAGAACCCAACUGAUCGUUCUUUGGAUGACCUUAGUACAACUGCACGAAAACACAAGAUGUCGGAUGAACCAUGCGGCAUUAUAGAUGAAUCUAAUGAAGAGGAAAAGCGACCUCCUAGCCAUAUGGUUUGUCUAAAACAUGUGUCCGAAUUGUGCAAGAAAUGUCCACCCUCAGUUUUUGUACUCAACUAUCAUUACUCAAUAGAGGAACUAUGCAGUUUAGAACAAUGUUUGGCUGAUCGCCUAGCCCAUUUUUAUGCAUGGAGAAAUCAGUUAUCUGUUAUAAUUAAACCGAGUGAUUCAAACACUUUCUCAAGUAAUCACUUCAUGAAACAAGAAGCUAAUGAUAAUCAUGUUGUUGUAUCUAACAACUCAACUUCAGGUACUAUGACACUUGAGGAAUUGGAGAUAAAAUUGGCCGAAGGCAAGGCUGCUGGCUAUCAUACUGAUGACAUCUACAACGAUGCUAAAGCUAUGUUAGAUCGUGGUAAACAUCUUCAACAAAUAUGCGUCAAAUUAAAACCCUCCAUUAUUGGUUCCGGGAACGCUGAUAAGUUCAAAAGCUCAUUAACAAGCAUAUCAUCGACCGUCAACCCUGUAAAAUUUCAAACCCGACGUCCUGCUACUUUUACCGUGGCGACUUCUUCGACUAACGGUUGUGCGACACCACAUAAAAUUAUCAAAUUGCCUUCGAAUAAUGGAUAUGUAGUUCUCAACCAUGAACUUGACGUCAACAAUCCCCGGGAAUACGAUCUUUUACGACUGAUGGAAUCUUGUGAACAACAGCAUCCUCUCAAUCUUUUUGAGGAUCCAUCAGUACAAUUAGUCAAACGACUGUUAAGUCAGUUAACAACGUGGCACCAAUCAGCCCGUGGUAUUAUUAACCUACUAUGCAAUUUAAUCCUAACAAAUGCCACUCGAAGUAUUUCUACCAGUUUUUCCAUAUCAGAUAGUUUGUCCAAUAUUGGUGUUAGUGCGGAUUGUCUCCCUAAUGAUUUCUACGCUUUCUCAACAGAUGAUCAAGCCUUAAUAAUCCUUGACCAUUUUUUGGAGAAAUUACGAAAUGAAUUCCCAUCGUAUGUGUAUCGUAUAUCGGAAUGGAAUUCUCUUAAUCUCCUACGUCAUGCAUUGAGAUGGCUCUGUAUUUAUGGUCGACAUGAUAACAAUAAAAGUACGUGUUGGUCAUUGCCUCAUCUUCGAAAGUAUUUGGUUUUUGGUGAGGAAAUUAUUUCACAACUGACAGCAAUUACCUCGAGUCAAAAAUCUCACUCAAAAAUAGUUCAUUCAUCUUCAUCAUCUGUUUCAUUAUCUAUCCGAAACAACCAGACAGUUUCUCAGUCUUCAGGAUCUUCGUUUAAUGUUAGCAAUAUGGACACUGCUUUAACUCAGAUCAUGAGGUUUGUACUAGCUCGAAUGCAUACGUCUUUAGGAAAUCUGACCCAGUUGGGUGUACAAGUUGAAACUCUAGUUGGUGUUUUAACUGAGAUUCUCAGCAGUUCAAGGUCAUCAAUCUAUCAAGAAAUUGAGGAUGCAUUGUACCGAAUAAAGAGUCUGGGAAUUGAUCACGUUACGGCUGUUAAUGGACAAAUACCACUAACAGAUGAACCUCAACUUAAUGCAGCAUUAGAUGAACGCCAUUUCAAUAGCAUUGUAGAUACUCAGUCAGUUACUACACCUGAAGAUAUCGCUCAAUUAAAAGCACUUUUAAAACAGCAUGUUGAUGACAUGAUAAAUUUGUGUUCCCGGGAUGAAUAUAGUUCAAAAACUAAACCUUAUUUAAAUAAAGCAGAAAUCUUGUGUGAACUCGGUCAUUUAUUCUCACCAACUUCGGAUUCAGAUCGUUUAUUAAGUUUCGUUACAACUAAUCAUAAAAUUAUUGUUAUAUCGGACAAAUUAGAUCGCCAGUUGAAAAAAUUAAAUGAUCAUGUUAACAACACCAAACGUGCUAUAUCGGAUCUGUAUAACAAAUUCCUUCCUCAUCAUGGUUUGCCUGGAUAUAAUAUACAGACAGAUUCAUUAUUAGAGAUUUUGUUGCCUGGGUUUUCAAUGAAACAUCAGAAAUGCUUUGCUUUGCAGUCAUUCAAAGAUGCUUCGUCAUCGAGUUAUGAUCUUUCACUUUCUGUAUAUAAACAACAAAUGAAGGAUCAUUUUGAUUAUAUAUCGUCAGCACUUAAAAAUAUGUUCACAAAAGGUACUUCAUGUUAUUUAUGUUCCAAACGCUUCAAAAUAACAAGAGUCAUUACAGACCAAAUUAUCUCUGAAUGCAAUCCUUGUGAUUUAUGUUCAUUAUGCUCAGAAGAUCUAUCAGUAUAUCCCACAUUUGAUUGGCUUAUGCGUUUUGAACAUCACUGGUCCAGUUCUACCUCAUCUAGUGUGAACAAUGAGGAAAUUGUUGAUCUAACUGAUGAAACGGAUUGUGGAAAUUAUGGCAUUUUGAUUCUUCUGUGUAGCCCUGUUUCCACUGCUCUUCGACUUUGUAUAAAUCAAAUUCAAGAGUAUUUGGCUCAAUUGGAACAAAUUCUUCAAUCACAUGGGAACCGAUUAAAUGAAAUCAUUUCAAGCGUGAAUCAAUCGUUAAUUCAACAACUACCAAGCUGUUUGAUGGAUUUCAUCAAUAAGAUGUGCAGUUCACAAGAUCCAUCAGUUCUUACCAAUCAUUCUGACUUAACCUAUGAACUCUGCAAAAUAUUGUGUGUUUUCCUUACAUUCAAAGUGAAUUUGUUGCCGUGUAUUCAAUUGAUCGAACAUAUUUUAUCAUCACUAUGUGUAUUUAACGAUAUUAACGAGAAUACUCUACAAAAAUUAGGUUCUUAAUGUGUUUUUUUUUUAAGUAACUCUAUUUAAAGCUUGUUUACCAAACAGUCACGUUUAGCUAUUUACAAAUUUUUUGAUCAUUGUUGUUUUUUUAUACAUUAUUUGUCAGCGUUUGUUUUAUUAUAUAAGUUGACGAUUGUUGUUGGUAAAUUUUGAUAUUUCUAUAUCAGUACGUAAGUAAUAAUAGAUCUGGUUAACAUGGUUCUUUGUUUAUUACCUUUUCUUUAAUAUUCAUUAUCUUAACUAUUCAUAGUUUUCCACUUCUGUGUAUAUGCAUCAUCUGUGUUUUUUUCAUAUACCUGAGUAUAUGGGCAGAUGAUGAUAUACAGAUAUCCAAUUGCAUUUGUCUUUACUUUUUCACGUUAUUUCAUCUGUUUUGCCACAUAUUUUCAACUUCGUUUGUAUUUUUACUGCUUUUCUUUCUUGUAACUCAUUGUGAAAUUGUCAUCAUUUACAUACUUUUAAUUUAUAUAUAUCUACAAGACUUUUAUUAAUACUGAUCUGAAAAUUAAUAAAGUAUUUUAUUCAGUUGUGCGUAACAUAUUAUCAUCUUUCUUGGUCAGAAAUAAAGUACCUAAAAUAAUGGCGUGUUGUAU